AAAAGAUGGCCUCGGUAAUACGACGGAUGAAGGAUAACCUUCGGAUAAAAAGCUUCAAUCAACAUCUCGGUGCUAUUGUCGUUUCACUCGGUGGUUUUACCCUCGGUGUGUCACUUGGCUGGUGUUCCAGCGUCACAGAGGGUAUGAGGAUCAGAUUUAUCGCUACUAUUACGGAGCUUGGACUUAUAGGUAACAUUCUAAACAUUGGCGCUUGCUUCGGAGUCAUAUUUGCCAUUUGGAUCUUCAAAUUUCACCAUUGGAUCAGCGGACUAAUCAAGAUCUUGCUUUACGUCAUUGGUUGGUCGGUGAUCAGCCUAGGAAACGAGAACAUUGGCAUGAUUAUCGCCGGUCGUUUCGUAUGCGGAAUUUCCGGUGGCAUGUCCUGUCUCUUGGUACCUCUUUUCAUCAGUGAAAUAGCAGACCAGAAAACCCGCAAUCGAUUGUUGACUCUAUUUCAGUUAUUAAUAAAUUGCGGAAUCAUGUACGCUUUCCUAAUGGCUCACGUUCUCGAUGGAGGUAACAAAAUAUGGAGAUACAGUUCGAGCUGCGGUGCAAGUUGCAUCUUACUCGUACUUCUACGUUUUAUACCAGCCACUCCGCUCCAUCACCUUGCUAAAGAGAAUGAAAGUCAAGCGAAAAAUUCUUUACGUUGGUAUCGUCAAAACGAGAACGAAAACGAUUACGAAAUGGAAGAAUUACAACGGUUGGCUAUCCUUAGACGAACUGCCAAGGUGAGCAUCAGUCCAAUGAAGAGUCCUCAAGUCCUCCAUUCUUUCCUAAUGUGUUUCGGUGUAAUGACGAUCUAUCAGUUCAGCGGAUUCGGCACAUUUAUCACUUAUGCUCUUAUAAUCUUCGAGACUCAAGGUUCAGGUUUAUUAAACGCAAGUGAACUAACUCUUGUAGUUGGUCUCGCACAGAUACUAUCAUGUCUUCUCGCAUAUACACUUAUCGACGUGCUAGGACGACGUAUCCUGUUGACCAUAUCAUCCGCGUUCAUGGGACUGUUUCUGGCACUGUUGGGAUGGUUCUUCGAUAAAAGACUCGAGGACCCGGAAUACGAUGAUUGGUAUUGGUGGAUGCCACCGGCAUGGAUCAGCCUAUAUUUCAUAUCUCUAAACUUGGGCGUAGCACCAAUAUCAUGGGCACUUCUCGCAGAUUCAUUUCCACAAAGGAUAAAGCUUCUUGGUGCAGGAUUCGCUGCGAUCUCUAAUUGGAUACUUUCGAUCCUGACGAUGAUAGUCUUCGGUUCUUUACAAACGGACGAUAACAUAAGAAAAGUCGUCUGGUUAUUCGCAAUAGUAUGCUGGUUCGGUGCCAUAUUUUCUGCUGUCCUUGUCAAGGAUAAUGGUAGGAAAAGUUUGAACGAGAUAGAAAAAGAUUUUCGAAUCGACGAUAGAGAAGAGAGGACUAAUAAUAUACCCCUUGGCUGAAUCGAAUUCAUUACUAUCACGUGCGUGUACCAACCUCGACCACGUUUCGUAAGUAACUGAGUAAGUACGUUCAACAAAUGUGAGAGAUUAUAACCUUUCUCGUCUUAAGGACAAUACUGUUUUCACUUUUUUUCCGUACCGAACGAGAACCAUAAUAUAUAGUGUCAUCGUUUUCCGAGAAAACACGAUCAAUAUAUA